AUGCGACGCUCUCUCCUUGGGGACGCUAUCGAUGCUCAUGGUUUUCCGUAUCUGCACGAAGUCAAAGGGCACAGCUCGUGCGUCAACGCACUCGCCUUUUCCCGGGGGUCUGGCCAGUGGAUGGCGAGCGGCGGCGAUGAUCUGCGCAUCCUAAUCCGCGACUUAUUCGACUUUGAUGCUGAGCGCCCGGGCGGCGCCGAAACGAGUACUUACCGCACACGCGCGCGCCUGCUGGGCCAUUGUUCCAACAUUUUUUCUCUCUCGUGGGGCGUGGGCAACAAGUAUCUGUUCUCAGGAGCGAAUGACUGCCUUUUUUUUGCCUACGACUUGCAUUACGGCGACGCGCCCAUUCGCCAAGUCCAGCCACAGGUCGAGCGCCACCGACCGACUGUGUCGUUUGGACUCCAUGAGGCGAGUAUACGCGAGGUAUCUGCGCACCCUACGAAUCCUGAGCUGGCUCUCUCUUGCAGUGACGACGGUGAUCUGUAUCUUCUUGACAUGCGCCUUCCUGGUCAGGUCGCACAGUACGGCUACUUUCCGGGGCAGGUCGAGUCGGCGCAGUGGAAUCCAAACCCCGGCGAUGGGCACCGCUUUGCCGUGGCAUCGUCCAUCGAGUCAGGGUCUUGUGCUUCCCUCUUUGAUGUCCGCACCGUCUUUCACGGGUCUGACCUCGCCAUCAACAGCUCCGAUACGCUUGUGCGAUACGCGACACAAGUGCACUGCAAAAAAGGCGACCGCAUUGCCGCCGCGAAUCCAGAAGCAACAGGCGCUCAGUUUGACCCGACAGGGCGAUUCCUCGCUGUCGAGUACGUUUUUGCUCACUGA